AUGUCGACAACAACUGGUUCAGUGUGGAGAAAGUUUAUGUGUUCUCGAUCGCAGCUAUGCCUCGACACGGUUUUGGCAGCAGGGCAGUCUUUCAGAUGGAAGAAAAAUGGUUCCGGCGAGUGGGUUGGAGUCAUGUCUGACUUAGUUUGGAGGUUAAGACAAACAGAAGAAGCAAUACUUUAUCAUGUGUAUGGCUCAGAGACUCUGUUGAAUCAGGCGUCUAACUCCAGUCUUAGAUUCCCGGAUAUCAAGGAAAGUAACAACUUUCCAGCUGUUGAGUUGCCAGUUAGAGCUGUAAAUUCAAAAGUAAAGCAAGAAAUUGAAAGUUCAGAAGUACAACUGGCAUCUGAAUCUGCACAAAAAACUUCAGAAGUGAAAUCUUUUACAUCAAUCUUGAAUGGAAAUUAUGGACAAGAGAUUAAAUUAGAAUGCUUUGAGGAUAGUGAGGAAGCGAAGAUUCUACAAUGUGACAAACUGCGAGCUGAAGGAUUAAAGGUAUUCACUGGUAACAAUUCUCAAGAUGGAAGAAUAAGAGUAAAAGAAUGCAGCAAAUUCCGAGAAAAAGGAAUGGAAAUGGUCACAUGUAAUGAGGAGCAAGCCAAGGAAAUAAAUGAUGAUAAAUCACAGCCACAGGAGAAACACAAAAAUGGUUCUAGGAAAAGUAAACGGGUUGUUGAAAGAAUGACCGCAGUUGAGAAUAAAUGGGGUACUGAGAACACAGUUGUACCCAGUGGCGAAGCUUCAGCUAAGACUUUAUGUUUGAGAAAGAGGGCAACCAAAAAGGUUGUAGAGACAAGCUCUACAAUUCAACACAUUUCACUUAAGCAGAAUGAAAGGGGUAAAAAUGAAACUGACCUACUUCAAGCGGAAGCUUCAGAUGACAAAACUUUACGCUUGAGAAAGAGCACAACUAGCAAGAUUUUGGAAACACACUCUUCAGCUGCAGAGAUUGCAGAAACAAACUUUACAGCUCAGCAAAUCCCAGUCGACCCUAUCAUGAAGACAGGAGAUGUUGAUGAGCCCGGCAAAGAUGACCUUCACCACAAACUGCUAGAAGAUUACUUCCAGACAUCAGUGGACCUUGACCACUUGUACCAGCAUUGGUCCUCCAAAGAUCCUCACUUCCAAAAGGUAGCCAAGAAUUUCCAAGGGGUUCGUCUUCUUCGCCAGGACCCGACCGAGUGUCUGCUGAGUUUUGUGUGUUCGUCCAAUAACCACAUCUCUCGCAUAUCCAGCAUGGUGGAGAAGCUAUGCACGUAUUAUGGGAAUCUGAUUACAUCAGUUGAUGGAGUGGCUUAUUAUACUUUCCCCCACUUGUCUGAUCUCUGUGGGGAUCAUGUGGAGUCCCAUUUGAGAGAGCUAGGGUUCGGGUACCGAGCCAAGUUCAUUGCAAGCAUUGCCAGGCAUGUCACCCAGGACAAAGGCCAGGGCUGGCUGGAUUCACUAAGGCAGAGUCCGUACCUGCAGGCCAAAACGGAGCUACUGACUUUGUUAGGCGUGGGGGCUAAGGUUGCAGACUGUGUGUGCCUCAUGUCGCUGGACAAGCCACAAGCUCUGCCCGUAGACACACACGUCUGGCAGUUCACUGCCAAAAACUACAUGCCAAAGCUUCAUGGUGCUAAAUCUUUGACAGAGAAGCUCUACACAGAAAUAGGAGACUUCUUCAGAGAUCUCUGGGGUUCUUAUGCUGGUUGGGCCCAGGCUGUACUGUUUGCUGCUGACCUCCGACACAACAAGGUGAAAGUUGACGGACAAGAAGGUUCACCGAACAAAAAGAGAAAAGCCUACAGUGAAGCUGGAAUCCAGAAACUUCACAGACGGAAACAAAACGGAAAGAGAAACCAAACCCAGUGA